UGCUCGCCGCCUGUGUCUCCUCAUCUCAUCUUUUGUCUUCGAUCUUCCCUUGUCUUUGUGCCUGAGUCUCCUUGUUCCUCUCAUCUCUCCUGGCGUUUACAUCUGUCUUUUUCCCUGAGCCUCGCUCCCUCCAUCCAUUCCUCCGCCCUCUCAUUUUUUUCCCUGACUCCCUCCCCGCUCCUCCCUUUCUCCUUUGAUUUUCCUGGUCCCUCAUCUCUCCUCUCUCCUCUUCCUCACUCUCAUGCUCCCUUUCUCGCUCUCUUGAGUGCAUGCACUUGCUUUCUCUCUCUUGCUUUUCCUCUUUCUCACCUCAGCUCCCUGGCCUUGGGCGCUGCCUACAGUCGGCGUCCCUCGCUCUUUACGAGAAGCCUCUGUGCAGUGCCCAGGUCCUGGCGGCCCAGCUUGGAAGUUCCUGUGGCACCCCUUGAGAGGCCCUAGGGCCAUAGCAUUUCCUCCCAGGGGUGACUUGGUAGUGAUACGCUGUUUCCUCACUUCUGCAAUUGCCAGACAGCACAGAGGCUGAAGCUGGGGCCAGGAUCCAGACAGAGACACACAGUUCCCGCAGCUGAAGCCGCUGCCCCUGCUACAGGAACCACCAGGACCAGCUGAUCAUUCUAGCCCACAGCAAUGGAGGCACAUGACUCCUCCCACGUGGACUCUGAGUUCCGAUACACCCUCUUCCCGAUCGUUUACAGCAUCAUCUUUGUGCUUGGGGUCAUUGCUAAUGGCUACGUGCUGUGGGUCUUUGCCCGCCUGUACCCUUCCAAGAAAUUCAAUGAGAUAAAGAUCUUCAUGGUGAACCUCACCAUGGCGGACAUGCUCUUCUUGAUCACCCUGCCACUGUGGAUUGUGUACUACCAAAACGGGGGCAACUGGAUACUCCCCAAAUUCCUGUGCAACCUGGCUGGCUGCCUCUUCUUCAUCAACACCUACUGCUCUGUGGCCUUCCUAGGUGUCAUCACUUAUAACCGCUUCCAGGCAGUAACUCGCCCCAUCAAGACUGCUCAGGCCAAUACCCGCAAGCGUGGCAUCUCUUUGUCUCUGGUCAUCUGGGUGGCCAUUGUGGGUGCUGCAUCCUACUUCCUCAUCCUGGACUCCACCAACACAGUGCCCAACAGUGCUGGCUCAGGAAACAUCACCCGCUGCUUUGAGCAUUACGAGAAGGGCAGCGUGCCAGUCCUCAUCAUCCACAUCUUCAUUGUGUUCAGCUUCUUCCUGGUCUUCCUCAUCAUCCUCUUCUGCAACCUGGUCAUCAUCCGUACCUUGCUCAUGCAGCCAGUGCAGCAGCAGCGCAACGCUGAAGUCAAGCGCCGGGCGCUGUGGAUGGUGUGCACGGUCUUGGCAGUGUUCAUCAUCUGCUUCGUGCCACACCACAUGGUGCAGCUGCCCUGGACCCUUGCUGAGCUGGGCUUCCAGAACAGCAAAUUCCACCAGGCUAUUAACGAUGCACAUCAGGUCACCCUCUGCCUCCUUAGCACCAACUGUGUCUUAGACCCUGUUAUCUACUGUUUCCUCACCAAGAAGUUCCGCAAGCACCUCACUGAAAAGUUCUACAGCAUGCGCAGUAGCCGGAAAUGCUCCCGGGCCACCACGGAUACGGUCACUGAAGUGGUUGUGCCAUUCAACCAGAUCCCUGUCAAUUCCCUCAAAAAUUAGUCCCUGCUUGUUGGUGCCAGGCCUGAAGUCUUCUCCUCCAUGGACAUCAUGGACUGAGCUGGGGGAAGAAGGGAUAUCUGCUGUGGUCUGGGCACCACCUCCGUGGGCACUGGUGGGCCAUUAGAUUUGGAGGCUACCUCACCUGGGCAGGGAUGAUGGCAGAGCCAGGCUGUUGGAAAAUCCAGAACUCAAAUGAGUCCCUUCAUCUGCCUGUGGGUGCAUGCUACAGUAACUGUGACUGAUGACCUCAUCCUGAGUCCCUUAAUCUUAUAGGGCUGGAAGGAAUGUCAGGGCCAGGUGCAGACCUUGGGGGAAGACUUUAAACCACCUAGUUCUCCCCGAUGGGGUGUCGGUCUAAAGCUUUGGGGGGCCAGGCACAGUGGCUCACACCUAUAAUCCCAGCACUUUGGGAGGCCGAGGUGGGCAGAUCAUGAGGUCGAGAGAUUGAGACCAUCCUGGCCAGCAUUGUAAAACCCCGUCUCUACUAAAAAAUACAAAAAUUAGCUGGGCUUGGUGGCUCAGGAGGCUGAGGCAGGAGAAUCGCUUGAACCUGGGAGGCAGAGGUUGCAGUGAGCCUAGAUUUCACCAUUGCACUCUAGCCUGGCAACAGAGCGAGAUUCCGUCUCAAAAAAA